ACCUCGGGUACCUACCACAUAUCAACCCAAACAGGCCUCCUUUUCCACCUUUAUGUAUCCACUUCCCACUUGGCACUGCUCAGCCCCAGCAGGUCACAAAAUCACCAUUUUGCUCUCGGUACUAAGGGUGUUAGCAAUACUCCAAUAUUCGGAUCCAUUCCCCGAAGUUGACCUCGUGGAGCGGAGAAUUGUGACCUCGUCUAUGCAACUAUUCUGGGGCCCCGCAACGGGGCUUUCCUUGGAACUACGGGGCAUCCAAGGGGCAUCUGUACAUAUUCCUUGACAAUGCUCCGCAACUUGUGUAGGAUUUUUUUUUCCCCUUAAAUUAACACCAGCACCGCCCAUCUCUGGUCCAUCGUCACGAUCGUCUGGUGAGGGAGGCGACUCGUACGUCAAUCGUCGACAUCCCAAAACAGGCUCUUCUUACCGGUUGCCCUUCGUGAAAACAUCGCCAAAAUGUUUCACUUCAUGAAGGAUCGCAAUGUGAUGCUCACGAGCCAUCUCAGCUCGAACAUGCUUCUUGCGGCGCUGGCCCUGGGCAUCAGCGUGUUUUCCUAUGGAUUCGAGGGUGGUGUCCUCAACACCACUCAGGCCAUGCCGAAGUUCAUCGAGAUGUUUGGAGAGCGUGAUCCGGCGACAGGGAAAUCCGCCCUCACUCCCAGUCAGCUGGCCUACCUCAACUCCAUACCACUCAUCACUUAUGCAGUGGGUGUCGUCGUUGCCUCGCAGCUCAGCGAACGCUUUGGGCGCAAGAUUGUCUUCUUGCUCAUGAACUCGAUCUGCAUGUCCGGCGUGGCAGUUUCCUACACCUCCACGUCGUACGGUCAAAUUCUCGCCGGGCGCAUGAUGCUCCAGACCCACAUCGGAAUGGAGGCCGCCCUGGUUCCCAUGUACAUGGCCGAGCUCGUCCCCAGUGCGAUUAGAGGAAGGAUGGUUGCCUCGUAUACCUUCUCUCACAUUUUUGCAAACUUCAUCUCAUCCAUCAUCACCAACUUUACCAGCAAGUACCCGGACCACAGUUCAUGGAGGGUUCCUUUCGCCGUCAUCUUCACCUUCCCGGCACUAGCGCUGCUGUUGUCCGUCUUCCUUCCCGAGUCCCCUCGUUGGCUGCUAAGGAAGGGAAAGCAGGAGGAGGCCAGGGCCGCGUUGUGGUAUCUCAACAGCGCUCAGAAGGAAUUCAAUGCCGAUGAGCAGAUCAAGCUGCAGCGCCAGGCUCUCGAAGAAUCUGUUGAGCAGGGCCGGUGGAGCGACUUGUUCAAGGGUACCAACAAGAAGCGAACACUUACGGCAAUCGUGGCCGCGUGCUCUAGCAUGUUGACAGGCAUGUCAUUUGCUUCCAACUACGGCACCGUGUUCUUGGCGCAGGUCAACAUUAUGGAUGCCUUCACAGCCACCAUGAUCAAACGGGCCGUCCUGCUCCUCGGGCCCAUCACCGUCAUGACCUGUAUCGAGCGCCUAGGACGACGCAAGACCUUCCUCAGCAUGGGCUCCCUGUCCGCCAUGUCGCUGCUCAUGAUGGGCGUUCUCGGUGCCAUCCAACCUGCAUCCGACGGGCUCAAGAGGGGCAUCGUCGCCAUGUCUAUUCUGUUCCCCUACGCCUACAUUUCCUCCUUUGGGUCCAUCAUGCAGAUCGUGCCCUCGGAGAUCUCGCACAUCAGCCUCCGCGACAAGACCUCCAUGGUCUACUGGAUCGUUUCCGACGUCGCCAACUUUGCCGCCACGUUUUCGCUCCCUUACCUCCUCUCAGAGCCCUAUGCCGCCCUGGGCGCCAAGGUCGCCUUCAUCUACGCCGCCACCAGCGUCUGCUUCCUGGUCUGGGCGUACUUCUGCUAUCAUGAGCUCACCGGCCGUUCGCUGGAGGAGGUCGACGAGCUGUUUGCAGAGGGUGUUCCGGCCUGGAGAUCAGCCAAGUGGGUGUCCACCAGCAAAAUGGGUCAGCUUACCGCCAUGGAGAAUGCCAAGGGCGAUGCCGGCCCUGUGCUUAGCGAAAAGGUCGUCGAUCAGGAUGCCGAGUCGGCACGUCAUGUUGAGAAUGGCGUUGACAAGAACUGAAAGCAAUAAUUACUGGUUGAGCCUGUGUUAGAAUAAGAAGCCGGACUGUGUGAUAAUGAGUCCAAGCGGUGUUCUCCAGGGAACAGAUAAUUCUGGCAGAACCGAGCGAUGCAAAUAUUGUUAUGUUAGCG